AGGAACGUCAAGGCCAUUCGAGGAAGGAAGGUAUGGUGACCGAGUGGUAGCUGGAGCUCAGUUCCAAAGAAGAUAAGGUGGGAGGGAAAGCAAUGGCUAGCACACAAAAUCAAAGUAACUGCUGGGCAAAUCACACAGAGAGAGAGAGAGAUGGCAGCUAUACCUACCAUUUCUUCAUCUUUUCUCCAGCAUCAAUUCCUCUGCGGUAAUCUCAGGAGGAAUACCAAAUACCUCGGAAAGCAAAAAAAUUUGAGGAUCAGAGCUGCAAAGCUUCCUGCAGGAGUGGAAGUGCCAAAAGUAGAGCCAAAACUUACAGAGCCGUUUCUUGGAUUCACAAAGACUGCAGAGAUAUGGAAUUCCAGGGCUUGCAUGAUUGGCAUCAUUGGGACUUUUAUUGUGGAGCUUGUGGGUAUUUCACAAGGGCAUACUGCAGAUGAUUGGUGUGGAUGUAGGGAAAGGGCUUGAUCUUCCUCUAUAGCUUGCAUCUAAAGAAUGAGUGUACUGAACACUACUUUCAUUUUUUAUUUGAACAACAGCAACCUGUAGGAUAAAGUAUUUACUUCAAUUUGCUCCAAAUUUUUCCCAGAACUUCAUCCAAAAAAAAUCCCAGAAACAUGUAUUGGUACAUCUUUAUUUAAGGAGAAAAAAAAAAACGAGAAGGGGAAAUCGUUAAGCACUAGCUUGCAAGAAAAAAGUGAACAGAACAAAUAAUCCUCUUGCAGCCACAGAAUGGUUUCGGCAAAUUAUGGUU